UCACUUGCAAAAAAAAAUUACAAUCAUUCGUUCGAUUCGAAAAAAUGUACCAUUAAUCGCGUCUUCGUGCGAAAUUCGAUUUUCUCCUGGAACGAAAAAAACAUGCCGGUUUCUUGAUUUUAAUCGUCUUAUCAAUGUUCACGGUGGAAUCAGGUGCAUUCAGUGAUCGCCGUCGGUUGUGGAUAUUUUUGUUGAUAUUCAAGUGCAAUCGUUGAUCCCCGAAACAACACUCGACCGCGUGAUUCGAAAGAAGACGGAGAACAAUGUCUACGGGAACUCGUUUCGAAGUGUAAACUCUUAUUAAAUAUUUGCAUUGACAUCGUAGGCUCGAUCUUAAGAUCACUCGGUGGGUAAAAGGGACGAGGAAAAGUUAUCGAAGAGAUCGUCACCUGCGCAGAUUCGAGGGAAAUCGUGGACGCUGUAAUUAGCGGCCGGAUAUUCUGAUCUCGAAAGUUAGAUUUAGCGAUUCGGACAUCAACGAGACGUCACUGCACCGAGAGGGGUUUACGGAGAAGUCUCAAUUUACGGUCCGUGGAUUAAGAUGCAACAAGGAACGCAUGAAUCCCUGGAUGGAGAUCUUGGAUCAAUAUGGAGGACGCUAUCCUGAAGCUUCUUCUACCGCUUUGUCUCCUGCCAUUGGCCACGAGUCAACUCAUUCGGGACGCGCGAUGCUUCUUGGAGAACGGGGCGACGACGGCGAACCUCUUCGUCAACGAGGAGGCUCGAGUCGGAGACGUCGUGGGGAUCCUGGGGGUUCUCGGGGAUCCUGGACCCAACGGGGACAUCGAGAUGAGGCUACAAGAACGCGACAGUCCCGUCGCUCUUUUGCCGAAUUCGAGAAAUUUCACCCUAACGAGGCCCCUCGACAAGGAGGGCGUGGACGGUCCUUCCAGUGUCUACAUAAACGUCAUCUGCGAAAAGAAGCGCACCUUGGACCCCGGUUUCGUGAUUCCAGUCAACAUCCGAGUUACGGAUGCUAAUGACAACGCUCCGGAAUUCAUAAACGCACCUUACAUUCUCAACAUCUCGGAGGUGACGGUCGUGGGGACCAGAGUCCUCCAAGGAGUCAGAGCCGUGGAUGCCGAUCAACCCGGUCCUUUUUCUACUGUACAGUAUUCGAUACUCCCGGGUCCACAUUCGGACUACUUCGUCUUCGUGAAUGCUUUGGAGGGGACGUUGGUCCUGCGGAAGCCCCUGGAUUACGAGGCUCUCACCAAUUUCUCCGUUGGCAUUCGUGCACAGGAUCAAGGAAUCCCUCCCCGAUCGUCGGAGACCAUUCUCCACGUGAACGUCAUCGACGCCGAUGAUCAGAAUCCCGCAUUCGUAAACGAUCAGUAUAAAGUGACCAUCCCUCGACAAGUAAAAACGAGGACGAUAUUGAAGGUGGAUCCUGCCCCGAUCAAGGCCUUGGAUCGGGACGUCGGAAUAAACGCACCUGUCAGGUACAGCUUUCAAGGUGCGAUCUUGCCUUUCGUUACGGUGAAUCCUGAAACGGCCGAAGUCAUCGCCACUCGUCCAUUGCAGGAUCACGAACUCAUCUCGCCGGCGACCAUAGUCAUUAAAGCAACGCAAAUUGACAAUCCCGAUAGAUACACCCUCGCCACAAUCGCGGUAUCUCGGGAUGACAGCGUGGCCCCUACUGCAGGUGGCAAAUUACCCGUUAGGUUCGUGCUUAAGGAUUACCAAGCGAGCGUGCCGGAAAAUACUCCACCAGGAAGCGUUAUCCUUACAGCAGGGGUUAAUAAAAUAGAUCCCAAUUUAAGGUUCUGGCUCGUGGGGGCCCAGGAGGAUCUGGAUAGGUUCUCGAUAACCAAGUCCGGGGAAUUAAUCCUGAAAGGAGCUUUGGAUUACGAGAGGAGGAUCCAGCACAGCUUUCUCGUCCACGUUACGGAUGGAGAUCACAACGACACGGCGCGAGCGAACGUCUCCGUCGAAGACAUCAACGAGUGGGAACCGAGAUUCCGACAUCCCAGAUACGAAUUCCACGCACGAACUCUCAGAGAAGGGUCCAUAAUAGGAAGGUUGGAAGCUGCGGACGGUGAUCGAGGGGACAGGGUAUCUUUAUCCUUACGAGGUCCUGAUGCGAGGUCUUUUGAAAUACGUGACAACGGAGAACUGAUCCUGAGAUCUCCGGGGCCAUUCAAUGACUCUCUAGCUCGCAUAGUAGCCAUCGCCUCCGACUCCGGUCGACCUCCCAGGUCCAGCAUGAUCCCCGUCAUCGUGCACCUGCCGAAUUCGGGAUCACUUCCAGUAGCUGCAAGAGCUGCUCCCGCGUGGCUAGGAAGUAGCGUUCUACUGGUCGCAAUAUUUGGAGCGGUCUUGGGCCUCCUCGGGGUGGUCAUUCUCGUCCUCAUCCUGUACAUCUACAAAAAUAAAAGGCCCAAGGGAGGAUCCGUGAGUUCGAUGGGCACGGGGUACAGGGAAAAGUCCCCGGUACCUCCGGCUAUGGGGCCCAGUUCUCAGAUUCUGGGAACGAACGCUCUUCGCGACGUCCUGGAGUCUUACACCGAGCGUCGUUCGGGCAUCAACAACAUCGACAAUCCCGUCUUUGGGGAGGACAACGAGAGCGCCUACAACGCCACCAUUCAAAGCGUCAUAUCGGCGGGGCAGAUGCCCUUGUACUCUAGGCAUAAAAUCGCGCCAGCUCCUCCGGCGUUGGCUGCAACUUCGAACAUCCCGAAUAUCGGUGGAUUGGUCCAGAACAUGAACGAUUUGAGUGCCAGGACCAAUUUGGACAUAAGUUCGCAGAAUUCGUCAAACUAUUCCGCGGAUCCGCCGGACUCGCUGGUCCCGGCCUGGCCGGCCUGCUCCGUUUCCCAGAGGGUGAAGAAGCUGUCCUGGGACGACGACGACGACGACGACGGAACGAUGGACAGCGUGGAAGUCGCCACGGAAGCUCGAGCGGGGACCAGCAAAACCAUCAACGAUCAGCUGAACCUGACGGUGUACUUCUGACGAAGGCUUCGGCCGAAACGGAGAAAACCUACGCGAACCUGCCUGAAAAUAAGGAGAACGAGAUCCAACCUUGUGUACGACUUAAUUAUUUAAGGGGGUGUCCGAAUACGUCCUCGGUCAAGAAACCGGAGGACGCUCGGGUACUCUCGGAGGAAUCCUACGAGGGCACGAUAAUUUCUAAUCUCUUAUGAAAUCGAGGUCAGUAGGCCCCAGUAGAUUCUUGACCCCGGAAACGGAGAGGAAUUCGCGCCUCUUCGGUCGGCGAAGUAGUGCAGCGAUCUUCGAGGGCCUCUGAAAAGGAAACGAGACGAACAACGAACGGGAGCGAUCGGGUCGUCAGUCGUUUUUGCUAUCGUCUUUGACGAUUCUCGGAAGUCACGAUCCCUUCUCCGGGAAGUAUUCCUUGGGCGAAGGAUCAUCGAGACGAGAUUCCACCACCUAUUUUCUCGGGGCGUUUACGCGAAUCGGGUCACUAGGCUAAUUGCGGCAAACGGAGCUCGGCCGAAAACAAUUACCAUCGAUUGGCAAUCUCGCUUGCUCGCAUGGUCUGGCGUAAUGAGAAAA